AUGCCUACAAGACGAGAAAUCAAUCAUGUCCGCAUCGUCCUUGACUGGGACGGCACACUUACCAAGCGCGACACGUUGCACAAUGUCGCCGCGAUCGGCUAUGGGCGCAAUCGGCAUCGUGAUCUCGUGCCAUGGGACCAGAUAGUCCAGGCUUACCUGUCGGACUACACUGAGCACGAGGCCUCGUAUCGCCCGGCGAAGAAAGACCGCAGGGAGAUUGCCCAGGAGAGCGCAUGGCUGGCGAGUUUGAGAGAUGUCGAAAUGCGAAGUGUAACCAGGGUGCUAGACGCUGAGAUCUUCGCGGAGGUCACUGAGCAGGACGUCCGCGUGGGAGCAGAGGUCGCAGUACAGAGGAAUGAGAUCCAACUCCGAGAUGGGUGGAAAGAAGUUCUCUCACUCGCGCGUCACCAUCCUAGGGAUGAAGUUGCAGAUAAACAUCCAUCUCCCGUCUCCAUCAUCAGCGUGAAUUGGAGCACCGCCUUCAUAAGAGCAUGUCUAUCAACAGCGCUCGGGGACUCUAUAUCACUUAUGAAAGGCGCAGUAGACGCUAUCCCGAUUCUCUCCAACCGCCUCCCUUGCGAGACCACCGACGGCAUCUCGGAGCCCGCUAGUAUCCGGACCAGCGCCGAUAAACUAUCCGCUUUCCAAAAUCUGCGAGAUAGAGAAGAAGAAAAUGAAGAAGAUGGUCCUGUCUUCUACGUGGGCGAUUCACCCACAGACUUUGACUGUCUGCUCGCUGCCGAUGUGGGCAUCUGUGUGCGUGACGAGCCGAUGGGCAGCGGCCAGGCCGCGUUGAAGGAGAGUCUGGAGCGGGUCGGCGUUGAGGCGUUGAGGCUUGAUUUGGACUCGUCGGAUAGGUAUCUUAAAGAAGUCGCUGGUCGCGGGGGAGGACAAAGGGAGGGAAGCAGUAAGCGGGUCGUGUGGUGGGUGAGAGACUUGAGGGAAGUAGCGGGCUUCGCCGAGAAGUUACAUAACUAUCUAGAUUGA